AUGCAAAAACCCCUACAGUUUGAUGGACUGGGAGAGCCGUCUAAGGCAGAGACCUGGAUACGCGCCCUCGAGCGCAUAUUUGAUUUUAUGGAGUGCACCGACAAGGAACGCCUCGCUUGUGUGACUUUUCAAUUAACGGGGCCCGCAGAUUUUUGGUGGGAUACCAAGCUAAUAACAAUGAACCGUGAACGUCGUGAAGCGCUUACUUGGGAGAUAUUCAAGGAAGAGAUAUACAAUAAGUACGUUCCCAUGAGCUAUAGGCGAGCAAAGGUAGUUGAAUUCCAUACUUUGAAGCAAGGGAAUAUGACGGUGACAGAGUACGACCGUGCACUGUGUGAAAUGACUCGAUAUGCUCCCGAGUUGGUGGAUACAGAUGAGAAAAUGGCAGAAAAGUUCCGUGUUGGUCUGAAGUACGAAAUAAGGGUAGCAGUGGCAAGUCGCAGAGGACUUUCAUAUUCUGAGAUUUUGUCUUGUGCAUUAGAUGUGGAAGAAGCGUUGCCUAAGGAGAUGACAGUAGCAAAUACUACACCAGUGCCACUUCAACAACAUAAUUUAAGAGAUAAGAGGAAAUGGGAUGGAGAUAGGACUCCAUAUGAUAACAAGAGGCAGCAACCCAUCAGAAACCCACCGCAGUACGGAGGUAGGCAGAGUGCUCCCUAUCAGAGGGGUGACUUCCGGCCUAGAGCCCCUCAGUGUGCUAAGUGCUUUAAGAGCCAUUUUGGGGAGUGCAGAGAAAAAAACAAUAAAUGCUACACUUGUGGUGGAAAUGGUCACUUCUCAAGAGAAUGCCCGAGUAAGAUUAUGGGGAUGGGAGCAAGACAGAGCAAUCAAGGGUUCCAUCCGCAAGCGCGGGCACUACAAGCCGAACCGAGGGGAUACUUACCCGCACCACAACAACAACAGCAGCAACGUCGCCAAGGACUUCCCACUCAAGCAAGGGCAUAUGCUUUAAAAGGGAAACAACCUACGAACCAACAAGGGAAUCAAGAGCAAGGAGACUUGGCAGAAUUUACUAUGGGAGAACUUAAGCUAGUUGCACAUAAAUUACAAGUUAUGUCGAUGGGGAAUGUAGAUAUAAUUUUGGGAAUGGAUUGGUUGGCCGAGAAUCAUGUUACCAUUCGCUGUAAAGAGAGAGAGAUCUCUUUUCAAACUCCGGGAAAGGAACCGACUAUAUUUUAUGGGAUUUCUAUGAAUCGACGAAAGUCCAUAAUGUCUAUACUUCAUGCGACGACUAUGAUGAGGAAGGGAUGCCCAGCGUAUCUCGUCUAUCUAAAUGGAGAAGAGAAGAAAGAAAGAAACAUAGAGGAUGUGGCAAUAGUGAAAGAAUUUCCAGACGUUUUUCCCAACGCCUUACCAAUACCACCACCCGACAGACAGUUGGAGUUUACAAUUGAUUUGGAGCCAAGAUCAGCCCCGAUAUCUAAGGCACCAUAUCGUAUGGCGCCUAAGGAAUUGGAAGAACUUAAGAUACAACUACAGGAAUUGCUAGACUUGGAGGAAAUGAUGAUCGUGAAUCCGAAUUUGAGUUACGAAGAGAAGCCUGAAACCAUUCUGGAUAGGAAAGUGCAACAGUUGAGAAACAAGUCUAUAGCCUCGGUGAAGGUUCGAUGGAGGAAUCACGGUGUUGAGGAAGCUACGUGGGAAUUGGAAGACAAGAUGAGAGAGAAGUACCCAGAAUUGUUUGAAUGA